GUGGUCAGCAUGCUGCCUCCGCUGUUUCUAGGCGUCGAGCCACAUCAUCUGGUGCUGGAUCUUUGUGCGGCUCCUGGCUCCAAGACCUCGCAGAUGCUGGAGGUCAUGCAUUGGCCUCAAGCGGAUUCCCCCGACUCGCCGCCCACGGGGCUGGUCUUGGCCAACGAGCUGCAAUGGCGGCGUGCGAACAUGCUCGCCCACCAG